AUGACGGCCCCACCAAUCAAACACAAGGCCCUGCUCAACGUCGACAUGGGCGAAGCCUAUGGGAAUUAUGUCUGUGGUCCUGAUCUGGAGCUUCUUCCUCUCAUCGACCAUGCGAACGUCGCGUGCGGGUUCCACGCCGGUGAUCCGCUCAUCAUGCAGGAGACGGUACGGAAUUGUAAGGAGUACGGCAUCAAGAUUGGAGCGCAUCCAGGUCUUCCAGACAUCCAAGGCUUCGGGAGAAGAGAGAUCAAGAUGUCGCCCGAGGAAUUGACGGCGAUAACGGUGUACCAAGUCGGAGCGCUAAAGGGGUUCCUGGAGAUGGAAGGCGUGCCUUUGCAUCACGUCAAACCUCAUGGCAUCUUGUACGGUAUGAUGUGCAGAGACUACGAGGUCGCCAGGGCGGUCAUGGAGGGUAUCCCCAAAGGCAUUCCGGUGUUCGGUCUGGCCGGGACGAACAUGGAGAAGGCAGCGAACGACCUCGGCAUCACCUUCUGGGCGGAAAUGUACGGCGACGUCAAGUACAACAGUGAUGGCAUGCUGGUGAUCGACAGGAAGAAGAAGCCAUGGGACCUUGAGGACGUCAGGAAACACGUCAGCCAACAACUCAACACACAGUCGGUGACGGCUGUCGACGGCAGCACCGUACAGCUCCCGGUCAAAGACUAUCCGAUCUCCAUAUGCUGUCACUCGGACUCGCCCGGAUGUUUGGGCAUCAUAAAGACGACCAAAGAAGUCAUUGACGAGUUCAACAAGGCUCAUGGGAGAUGA